GGGUUUUGAGGAGGUUUUAAGAUGAAAUAUUGAUUCAUUUGUGUUUUGUGUACAACGAAUCUUUGAAACGCAGCCACCGUGAGUUGAACUCAAAAGAAAAUGUCGACGGCGCCGAAUCAACCGGAAAACCUCCAAUCCGAUGCGAAACCAGCAGAUCCUUCUCCCGAUCAACCAGAAGAAGAGGAGGAAGAAGGAGAGUGCGGAUUUUGAUUAUUCAUGAAAGGAGGAGGUUGCAAAGACACCUUCGUUGAUUGGGAAAAUUGUGUCAAAGAAGCCGAAGACAAAAAAGAAGACCUUGUUGAAAAGUGCUCUCAGAUUACCGCACGGUUGAAGCAGUGUAUGGAUUCUCAUUCCGAUUACUAUGCACCGAUUCUUAUUGCUGAAAAGCACGCUGAAGAACAAGCUGUUAUUGAAUUCGAGAAAGAAAAGCAAGAUUCAGCCCCUUCUCAGUCUAAUCAAAACGACCAUGAGUUGGAUUCAAAGGCAACAUCAACACCCCCAAAGCAAGCAGAAAAGGAGCAAUCCAAUGUCGAAACAGCAAAUCUUUCUCCUGAUCAACCAGCUUCGGAGCCUCCGAAAGCAGAAAACGGAGAGGAGGAAGAGGAGGAAGGUGAGUGUGGGUUCUGCGUGUUCAUGAAAGGAGGUGGUUGCCGAGAUACCUUUGUUGAUUGGGAGAAUUGCGUGAAAGAGGCCGAGGAGAACAAAGAGGACCUCGUUGAGAAGUGCUCGCAGGUCACCGAUCUUUUGAAGCAGUGUAUGGAUUCCCAUUCUGAUUAUUAUGCACCCAUCCUCGUGGCCGAGAAGCACAUUGAAGAACAAGCCGUCAUCGAAUUGGAGAAAGAAAAGCUAGAUUCAGCAACCAGCAACAAUGAACAGGAAGCCCCUUCUCAUUCUAAUCAAAAGUGAUAAUUUACAUGCCUUUUUUCUAAUUUAUUGCUAUAGUAGUAUUACCUUGCUGUAGCACCCACCUAUUCUCAAUAGAUAACACCUAUUUAAAAUUUUAAACUUCAAAUUUUGCUACUGUCUGGCUAGUCUCAAUUUUUGUCACAAUAAAUGGGAUUUUGGAUAUUUUAUCUCUUUAGUUAAUGAUUCGUGGCGUGACCUUAGUAGUUGAGCCUAUUUGCUAUUGCACAAGAGUGGUGAUUCAUCAUGCAUAUGACACUUAAUUGUAAAGAAUUGAGAAUGUCUAAUGAGGAAAAGGGAUAUGUGAAUCUCUUUUGUGCUGAAGUGUAUAUAACCAAAUGGAACCUUAAUGAUCUAUGUUAGACUCUA